AUGGAGGUUGGAAUGGAUCUAAUCCAUGAUUCUGGGGUCCAGAUGGUACAAUACCUCCAGACAAAUUACAAAGAUUCCCAAAACCUGUUCCUUUUCAUCUCAUUUGCUGCAGAUCUCCGAAAUACUUUCUUUGUCUUUUUCCCAAUCUGGUUCCAUCUUUGCCAGUCAGUGGGCAUCAAACUCAUCUGGGUGGCUGUGAUUGGUGACUGGUUGAACCUUGUCUUCAAAUGGAUCCUUUUUGGACAAAGGCCAUACUGGUGGGUCCAUGAAACGACCUACUAUGAAAACUCUUCAGUUCCAUUUGUUGUCCAGUUUCCUGUAACUUGUGAAACUGGACCAGGAAGCCCUUCCGGACAUGCAAUGGGUUCUGCUGGAGUUUAUUAUGUAAUGGUGACAGCACUUGACUCCAUUCUAGUUCAUGAAAAAUGCUCCUCCUUUAUAAAAUGGUGUUUACAUGCGGUAACAUGGACAGCAUUCUGGGGAGUUCAAAUCAGUGUCUGUUUGUCAAGGAUUUUUUUGGCUGCCCAUUUUCCACAUCAAGUUGUCACAGGUGUCAUUUCUGGUAUUCUUGUAGCUGAAAUGUUCAGUCAUACUCACCUAAUUUACAAGUCUAACUUGAAAAAGUAUAUCCAAACCACUCUCUUUCUGUUUAUCUUUGCUCUUGGAUUUUACCUUUUCCUGAAAGCAUUUGGAGUGGAUCUUCUGUGGUCUGUGGAGAAAGCUAAGAGGUGGUGUGCCAAUGACAAGUGGAUUCACAUCGACACAACCCCCUUUGCUGGCCUCCUAAGGAACCUGGGUACCCUCUUUGGACUUGGGUUAGCUCUCAACUCCCAGUUUUAUGUUGACGGUUGUAAAGGGAAUCAAGGUCAAAGACUCAGCUUCAAACUCAGCUGCAUUGUGUUUUCCAUAAUAGUUCUACAUUUAUUUGACUCCUUCAAACCACCAGCUAAGAUUGAACUGCUAUUUUACUUCUUGUCCUUCUGCAAGAGUGCUGCCGUACCUCUUACAGCUGUAGCGAUCAUCCCAUACUGUCUGUCUCACAUGGUGAACACACCCAACAAGAAGCAUUUUAGCACAGACUAA